AAUGUUACGUCGAGGUGCAAAUGGUGGGGUUAGGAAACAACCUGUUAUACCAACUGAAUCAUACGAGAUAUCCACCACAACCCCUGAUCUGCAGACAGAAACUGAGCAGCUAGAAAAUGAACUGUUCGGUGAUAUCGAGAAGCAGUUUGUUAACAAGGCUCCAUCAACGUCACAUGAUGAUGCGCUGUUUGUGAUAGACAGAGGAGAAAAGCGUGCAGUGUGGAGUGACGAGGAGGAGUGUGACAGAGAGAUCAGUCUGGGUGACAGGAACAUCACCAAGAAGCUCAGGACGGGAGAUGGUGACACCAUGUCAGGGAGGCAGCUGGAGGUCAAGCUCAGGAGUCAGUUCAAAAAGAUCCACGGCACUCCAAACUGGACGACUGGUGACAAGACUUCCCAAUCCUCAAUCCUGGCCUCAACAGGUCACAUGACCCAGCCCAGUAAAUCUCUCCCUGUAAAGAAGUUAUCCGUAACCCGGUGUAAGAACCUCAACUCUCGGAAAGGAGCUAAAUGUGUUGUUAAAUCUCUUGAGUUUCAUCCUGCCGCUACUAUUGGCUUUGUUGCGGGCUACUCCAAAUCUUUAGACUUGUUUGAAGUUGACGGGGAAAAUAACAAGCACCUUCAUAGACACCAUUUCGCAAACUUUCCUAUAGACUGUGCUAAGUUUACAGCCGAUGGCAGUGAGGUUAUUUUGGGAUCAAAGCGACCGCAUUUUUACACGUUUGAUCUUAACAAGUGUACCGCAAUCAAAAUGGCUGGAAUCAGAAAUCGGCCGGAUGUUCACUACAAAAACUUUGUGCUGUCAGAAAAUGGAGAAUAUCUGGGGUUUCAGGGCAAUGAUGGAUUGUUUUCAGUUUUUAGUGCUAAAGAUAAGCAACUUGUGAAGUGUAUUACUCAUCGCACGCGGAUUAAUUGCAGUUCAUUUUUGACUGAUAAUAUCAUAUUAACCGCGGGACAUGGUGGUUUUUGUUCUCUGUGGGAUAUGAGAACAUGGAAAAUUAUCAACGAAUUUCAGGACGACGGCGCAUUGCACGUGACCUCGAUAGGACAUUCGUCACGUCACGUAGCAGUAGGAAGUGACAGUGGAGUGGUCAACAUCUACAACAAGGACGAUAUCUAUAAAACUAGCAGUAAACCUCUGCGUGUUCUCAUGAACUUGACUACUGAGGUUGACAGGACUGUUUUCAACUCCACUGGAGAAUUGCUCGCUAUCUCUAGCAAGGAAUUGAAACACUCGCUCCGUCUGAUAAACCUCCACUCUCUUCAAUGUGUUCCAAACUGGCCCACCUCCAACACACCCCUAGCCCACGUAUCAGAUAUGCACUUUUCUCCUAACUCUGGUUAUAUUGGUGUCGGGACCACCAAGGGGAAAGCUCUUCUUUACAGACUCACACACUAUCCGUCUUAUUGAGAUUUGGAACUGUUUUUAGACUUUUUACUGAGGGUAAUUUAUUAAAGUUGACGAGAUGGAAUUUGUUUAGUAUAUUCUGACUGUAUGUUUUUGUUUGAUUUUAACUAGAAUUUUAACUAGUGCUAAAUCAGUGUCCAAGUCUUUGUAAUUUCGGUGUGGAUAAUAGUAGUGAUGGUCACUUCUCAAAAAAAGUUGUAAACUUUUAUCUUUUAAUCGUUGAUAACCUAAAUAAAUAAUUGUGAGUUGAAUAUUUUAAUUAUAAACUAAAUUCCAAGUUUUCCCUAAAUUAUGAUAUUUUUGAACGAUAUAUAAGUGGUAAUAUAUUUACCUCCCGUAUGCCAUCAGGUAGAUCCUACAGAUGGAUAUAGACGAAUUACUAGACUUCCAACCAGCCCGUACGUUGAAACGUGCCCCUGAUGGUGAUGGAGAUGGAGACUUCGAGGGCAUGUUCAAACGCAAAGCAGUGGAGGCACCACAGAAGAAGAACUACGAAGACAUGACGGAUGAAGAACGUCUGGCUUUGGUGAUGGAGCUGGACGAAGACAAAACAGCAGAGAUGGACGACGGAACAGUGAAGAGAAUGAUCCUGAAUCUGGAGAAGAAGUACACAAAGAACCAGGAAUUGCGCAUCAAGCACACGGAACAGCCGGAAAAGUUCAUGGAGAGUGAGAUAGAACUUCAUGUGGAGGUGGGAAAGUGUCUGACUAUAGCGACACAGCCCCAGCUGUUCCCUGUACUGGUACAGUGCAAAGGAGUGAAGCUUAUCGUGUCCCUUCUUGGGCAUCCUAACUCUGAUAUCGUGUUAGGAGUGGUUGAUCUCCUUCACGAACUAACUGACACUGAUGUUAUCAACGAAGCUAUUGAUGAUGCUUUGGAGCUUGUUGAAGCUCUUGUCCAAAACCAGAUUAUGUCAGUUCUUGUUCAAGUUCUCGAGGCUCUCGACGAGAAAAACGAGGAUGAAGCCAAAGGUCUCCACAACAUUCUGGGUAUUGCUGAAAAUUUAGUGGAAGCAGAUCCGGAACUAGCAGAUCACGCCUUCACACAAGGUCUCCUAGCCUGGAUCCUUAACAGACUCAAGGUACGAUCAUUCGAUCAGAACAAGUUGUAUUGUUCUGAGUUGCUUGCUAUCCUUUUGCAAUCCUCUGUCUCUAAUAGGACCCAACUAGGGAACAUAGAGGGUAUAGACACCAUGUUGCAAGCCCUGGCGCUCUACAAGAGACGUAACCCUCAAAUAGCUGAAGAGCAGGAAAUGAUGCACAACUUGUUUGAUAGUCUCUGUCUCUCCUUGCUAGCUUCAGAAAACAGGGAUAUCUUCCUAAAGGGUGAGGGUGUAGAGCUGAUGAUCCUCAUGUUACGAGAGAAAAAGAUGUCCCGACCUCCUGCCCUCAAAGUGCUCAACUUUGCCCUCCAAGGAGAUGAGGGUAUUAAUUGUUGCGCAAAGUUUAUAGAUGUAUACGGACUACGAUCUCUCUUUCCUUGCUUCAUGAAAACUCCUGGUAAGAAGGUUAAACGUGGUGGUUUCAGUGAACAAGAGUGGGUGGAACAUGUCACCUCCAUCAUAUCACAUCUGCUGAGAAACUUAUCAGGCUCCCAACUCCAGAGACUCAUGAAUAAGUUUGUUGAGGAUGAUCAUCUCAAAGUAGACAGGCUUGUUGAACUUCAUCUCUUCUAUCUGUACCGAGCCAAGGCUGUGGACAGAGAUAUCGAAGAGGAGAAAUUACAAUUGGAGGAUGUAGAUGAGGAGAAGGAGAAUGAGUUUUAUAUGAAGAGACUCGACGUUGGACUCUUCACACUUCAGAGACUAAACUAUAUAAUUCUCAGUAUAGGAACUGCUGGUAUUAGCACCGUUUUUGAUAGAGUGAGACAACUGUUAAAUCUGAAGGGGGAGACAUUAGAGCCAGUUAGGGAGAUUAUGCAGGAGUAUGCUGACAGUUUGGGCGAUGAUAAGAAUAAGGCUAACGAAGAAAAGUUGAACAUUAAUCACAUGAUAAAUCAGCUGACUUGAAGAAUGUUGUUUUAAGAGGGUGAUUACUAGUUUUAUCACCGUUUUUACAGUUUAACAUUUCAUGUGAUGGUUCUAAGAGAGUUGAAAGAUGAUCGAAUAUAGCAAUAAAUAUUUGACCAGUGUGGAAAUAAAGUUUUCAGAUUCAAAUACUAUGCAAUAACUUUAAAUUAUUUGUGAUGGAUGUUUUGUGUGGUUUUUCACGUUUUACAGAUGACAAGUUGCUA